GUUUAUUAUGUAGCAACUUUAUUCUUCAGAGUAAUUGUAUUGAAUGUAUGCUUACAUCUCAUCUAGUAAAUAUUAGCGUAAACCGCUGCCUAGUCAAAUUAUUCUUGGAUCUUGUUUUUUAGUUGUAUUCUGACGCCUGAGUCUCCGCCAUAGCCUAUGAUGAACUGGAUAAAUAUUGGAAGGAGUCGUGGUUUUGAAAUAUUCAACAAAUGAUAAAACUUAUAGCAAAUAAAUAGUUCAAAGACGUGCAGUCUAGAUUUAUUUAGUUUUGAUAGCAUUUCGGUUGAAAAACUGAUAUUCUUUUCAAUUAAGGUUGCAGUUGAACGCACAUGUCACAUGCAGGGAUCUUACUCACUAUAUAUACGUUAACAGCCUAGUGAUGAGGUAGAUGGACUAUGUAGACCAUUCGACCACCGAGACUCAAAGAAUAUACUUUAGUUCUUUUGAAUUUACAUAAGUGUAUAGCAGUCUAAAAUUUCAGAAAAUGGCACCACAUUGUUGUCAACGGCUUAUGCAAAAGAUCCAUUCAAAGGAUAUUAAAUUAGAUGAAUAUGGCAAGGCAAAGGAAUUUUGUCUGUUAAGCAUUGCUCGUCCUCAUAUGAGAGCUUUCCAUUCAUCCUGGUUUUGUUUCUUUAUUGCAUUCACCGCAUGGUUUGGCAUACAACCACUCUUACCAACAAUCAUAAAGGAGCUGCACCUGUCCAGGAGAGAUGUUGGUAAUUCUGGAAUUGCAAGUGUUGCUGCUACUAUAAUUGUACGAGUAUCUGCAGGACAUCUUUGCGAUAAAUUUGGACCACGUCGGGUUAUGGCAACUUUGUUGGUAAUAGGAUCCAUUCCAUUAGCUUUAUCAGGAUUCAUCACUAGUGGAACAGGGCUGAUUGUUGUGCGUCUUUUUAUUGGUUUUCUUGGAGGAACAUUUGUUCCAUGCCAGUUUUGGACAAGUAUUAUGUUUAACUACAAGAUUGUUGGAACAGCUAAUGCCAUGGUUGGUGGAUGGGGAAAUCUUGGUGGUGGAUUUACAUUUCUGUUGAUGCCUGCUGUUUUUCAACUUAUCAAAACCAUGGGUGUCCAUGAAUUCUUGGCUUGGAAAAUAGCUGUAGUAGUACCAGCCGUUAUCUGCAGUGCAACUGGUAUAUCAAUUCUGUUUACAUCUGAUGACUGUCCACAGGGAGAAUGGAUAAACCGGAGACAUGCACAUGCAAAAACUGAAGAACUAAGGGCUGUCGUUCAUGAAGAAAACUUACCAAUGAAAGGACACCACAAGUCGCAUCUGAAUAAACAGCCAAAAGUAUGGACUUACAUUACAAUUUCACUGUUGAUCAUACAAUAUGGUAUGUGUUUUGGAGUGGAAAUUGCUGGCAACACCAUUCUGAAUUUAUACUUUUUAUACAAGUUUAAAAUCGAAGGCUGCAACGAAACUACAGUUACAAUAUCAAACAAUAAUUCGACUGGAGUCAAUUUGAUUGGUGUGGAAGAAGUAGAUUUGUCAUGUAGUGUCUUAAACCAAAGUACUGCUAGUUUAAUCGCAUCCCUCUUUGGACUAAUGAAUCUGUUUGCACGUGCACUAGGAGGAACAUUUUCAGAUAUUUUCUUCAAGCACUACAAAAUUCCAGGACGUCUGUUAGCUCACCAACUGUGUCUAGCAGGAGAAGGAAUAAUGCUAGUUAUAUUCAGCCAGAUGAAAACUAUACCGUCCGCCAUUUGUGUAUUGAUUAUAACAAGUUUAUUUGUUCAAGCAUCAGAAGGUACGACCUAUUCCAUAGUGCCAUAUGUUCAUGCCAAGCGAAUAGGUGUGAUCGCUGGGGUUGUUGGUGCUGGAGGCAACACAGGAGCACUUAUCUGGAAUACAAUAUGGGUUCAAUUAGUUGAUGUAGAACCUAGUUGGUGGUUUUGGAUAAUAGGUGUAAUUGUAUUCUCAGGAAGUAUGUUCACAAUGUUAUUGAGAGUUGAGGGCAUGACUAUAUGGCAUAUCCUCCGUAAACAGGAAAAGGAAGACAAUGAAGAAAAUGAAACUGAUCUUGAACGAUAACACGUGUUUUGACGUGCAAAAAAGUACAUUGUGUAGACAAAUAAACAAUACCUGAUAUUUGAUGUCAUUUUAUAACCUACAAUUAUAUAUAUAUAUAUAUUUCUUAU